AUGGCUACGACUCGGAACUGCAACUGGCAUCAAGUCAACCCCGGUGUUUGGCAACGCCAUAUCGACGAAAUCGAACAAUUCUACUCAACCAUGGUUAUCCUCUACGAAGGAAGCGGUCGUAUGUUCUUUGGGAUGACGGGACAUGUCUCGCUCUCCAUCAAGACCACCACAGAUUUGUCGCAAGAUGAUGCUGAACGUGCGGUUGACGAAGCUUUGAGAAAGGCAUGGCUUGCACUUCGACACGCUCACCCUACACUUGCAUCACAAGUUACUCAGGACUUUGAGUCAGGCGAGUGGAUCAAGACUUAUAGAGAGCUGCGGAGCGGAACAGAUAAGGACGCUUGGUUGGAGAGGACUCUUGUCCAUAUCUCCAGUGGUCAGACUGGGAAUCAGUGGGCCAACUCAGAUCCUCCUGCGCCAAAGCUCCCAACUAUGUUUGUUUUACAUCUUCCUGCUGAGCGCGAUGAUGAUGGAUCUGUGAGCGUCCGCCGAGACCUUGUCUUCCGUUCUCCUCACGACAUCAUCGACGGCAUCGGAACUCUCAUGAUGCUCAACAACUUCAUAUUCCUCGCAUCAGAAGCUUAUGAAAAGGGCAAUACCUAUGAGCCUCCAGCGCUCGACGGCAGUGAGAGUUCAAACUUGAGUCCAUCCUAUCGAAUCGCAGCUCAAAUUCCCGAAACUCCUGAUCCGGCUCAACUGGAUAGACUCAAACAGAUGGCAGCUCAAAAAGCCGCUGCCGCUUCGGAUCCUAGCGUGGAAGUUCUUGCGCUUCCUUAUCGACAGGGCGAUCUACUUCCAGGUCGUCACCAGCGCUUGGCACUGACUCUCAACAGAGAGGAAACGCAAAAGCUACUCAAGGCGUGCAAGAUGGUUGGAGCUACGCCGACGCAUGUCUUCCAUGCUGCAGCUGCUAUGGUCGUUCGAGACCUACAAGAUAAACCAGCCACGACCAAGAAAGUUCGGUACAUAAACUACAUCCUACGCAACGAGCGCUCCAGCUGUCAAGAACCAUAUAGCACAGCUCAACAUCCAGCAUCAGUCUACCAUUCUGUCUCUGGCCAAAGCCUCGUCGUCGACAUGGAUCUCCACCCAUCUUCCACAAAACCAAACCGCAAAACGGAAUUCCUCUCCAUUCUUGAAACCGUCAAAGCCUUCUAUCUCACCGUCAAGCAAGACAAAGAAUUCUACCUCCUCGCUCCAACGAUGUUCUCCCAGGCUACACCAGCUCUACCCUCCGGUCCUCGUCCCCUUCCAGUCCCGGAGCCAAAUGCUCAUCCAUCUGUAUCUAUCUCGAGCAUGGGACGUACUGAUACUAUCGUGGCGCUGAACACGGGGGCGUUUGAGGCGAGAGAUCCGUGGGUUACGGGUGAAGAGCUCGGAAAUGGGCUGGGUUUGUUUCUUGGUACGUUUCGAGGGGAGUUGUGUUUGAGUGCAGCGUAUAAUGAUGCUUGGCAUACGGAGUGGGAUGUGAAAGAGUAUCUGGAGCGUUGUAAAGAUGUUGUGUUUUCGGGUCUUGGGAUUAGUGAGCCAUGA